AUGGUGCUGGAGAAACUAGAACAAUUCGGCUACAAAACGAAGUCUGUCCAGUGGUGGAAGUUACUCGACGUUGCAUAUCAGAACAAGUUUCAAUUCGAACUCUGGCCUGACGAAGUUCCCCCAGUUGGCCCAGACUUCAACUACCACACCCUCAGCGCACAACAUCUGAAGUUACUCGUCCUGAGAGCUUACUCGAACUUCGGCGCAAGCAAGGACGGAGCGAAAAAAACUCUUGAUGAUAUCAUUGACGAGUUGGACGUCGCUGUGUCUGAGAUUGAUAUUGUUCCUUGGCCCAAAGAUCACAUCGAGCAAUGUGAAAAAGACGACCCUAACAUGUUUGAUAUUCCUUUGGUCACCAGCGCUUCCAAUAUCGUGCUCCGGAAACUCGCGGACUCCGAGAAAUUCAAGCACUCCAUCCCCCAAGGGUUGCUUCAAAAAUACAAGGAAGCAACAUCAGUACGUGGUUCGAAUGUCGGCGUUCCUUCGGGAGGAAGGCAGCUUGGAGAUACUACUCGGGAUCGCCAGUCUCAACAACAGACCUCCGCUGCUCGUGAAUAUUCGAUUGUUCGUGAGAACCACUACACUGAUGAUGGUCUGCCCCGUCCAGAACGCCGCCCAUCGGCAUUUCAGCAACAGAAGUCUCGCAAGCGACCACAUGCAGAGGAUUAUGGCAAGUCCAUGAAUUACUUGCAGAUUCUCUUCUAA